CACUAGUCAUAUUUUACCAGGCAAGCAUGGAAUCAAUGAUGAGAAAUCGAGAACUAACAGAAACAAGGAUGAUGCAGGCUCUAAGAGAGGAGCUAGCAUCUGCUGAGCGAAGAGCAGAAGAGGAGCGCGCUGCACAUAAUGCUACCAAAAUGGCUGCGAUGGAAAGAGAAGUAGAAUUGGAGCACCGAGCAGUUGAGUCAUCAAUUGCACUUGCAAGGAUACAGAGAGUAGCAGAUGAGAGGACAGCUAAAGCCACAGAACUUGAGCAGAAGGUGGCACUUCUUGAGGUUGAAUGUGCAACUUUAAAUCAAGAACUACAAGACAUGGAAGCCCGUGUGCGCCGGGAACAAAAAAAGUCACCAGAAGAGGCAAAUCAAGUAAAACAGGCUGAAAUGCAAAAAAUGAGAGUUGAAAUGGCUGCCAUGAAGAGGGAUGCUGAGCAUUACUCACGUCAGGUAAUAAUUAUGUGUUCCUUUAAUAUUCUCUUGAAUAAAAUUUAAAUUCACCAGUUGGAUAUAGAAAUAAAUAAAACCUCCGUGUUUCUUUGUGGGCAAAACUUAGACUUAAUGGUCAUACUGCUGCAUUUCCAGUGAAAUUUUCAAGUAACGUCCUCGUGUACUGCAUCAUUUUCUGUAGUUUUUAUCAUAUAAGCUGUCUUGUUUCUAAUUUUGGGGUUAAAUAACAGUAAAAACACU